AUGAAUAGGGCAUUGGCGAACUGGAAAUGGAUGUUUAUGUAUCAAAAUGCAUCAUUAUCGUUAAUGCCAGCUGUUAGUUCAGAUCAUUAUCCUCUUAUUUUGGAUGUGAUUCCAGUUCAUAGGGUAGAAAAACACUUCAAGUUUGAAGCCUAUUGGGCUGACCACAAAGAUUGUUUUAAUGUGGUCAAGAGGGGUUGGUGUAAGGAAGAGCAAAAUGGCGAUGAAUGGGACAAAAUCAGCAAAAAGAUCAACAAUUGCAAGGAGGAAUUAAAGAAGUGGAGUAAAAUUACCUUUAAAAGAGCCGAUAGAGAGAUCCAGAGAAUGAAAAAGGAAUUGAAAAGACUACAGGAUUUGGACUUCACAGAGGAGAACCAAAGAAUGAUACAACUUCUGAAGGAGAACAUAGCAACAUUAUGGAAACAAGAGGAGAAGUUUUAG